CGACCGAAGAGCAUGCCUUCCGGUUCCACCUUUAUCCAUCCCUAACUUCAAGCCCAGUUAUGUAUAUCUAUUACUUUUAGUGUAGGACAAUAAGCGCUGGGCCACAAGUCUCGACUGAAAACAACAUAUCUAGUUUACUACUUGGAAUAAUCUUCUAAUCCCAAAAUUCAAGUUUCCAUUGUGAAGAAAAGGACCAAAGUACGACACAUUCGCCCCGAGCCCUUCAUGGAUGAACAACAUCCUCCAGAGGAAGAACCCAUACAAUUCCUCAAAAUACCAGAGAAAAGUCCGCUCCGAAUGCAACAAAUGUUGAAGAACCAAUCCAAUGCCAAAAACCCGGGUUUCGAUAAUCAAGUUCUCGAUGAACUCUCCGAUCGCGAUUUGGCUGCCAUUUUCUGCAGCCAAGAAAGACAAAUUGAAAGUCUUCACGAGACCGUCAGUAAUCUACUUAGCCAGAAUAAGCUACUGAUUUCGAGGUAUUACGAUAGGAUGAACGAAUCAGUCUCUCUACGAUCAAGGGUCUUGACUUCAAAUCACGACUUGCAGAACGCUCUUCAUGACACGAAGGCUAUGGCGUAUGCUGUCGAGGACCUUCAGAGUCAGAUUUUGCAGUUGAAGCAGCCAAAGACAUCAAUGACCACGCCCAGAUCCGUCAUAGUGAACAAACUACUGAACCCGCCGCUUUCGACUGCCCAAGACUCUCAUCCUUCCAUGCCUAUCCCACUUCAAAUGGCUAAGGAGCUCAAAGGGACCCUCGAUAGGCCGAUGAAUGCUGAUGAAGCUCUCUAUAUUUACACCACAUUCGAAAAAUGGCUUGGUAGUGAAGCUCUGCAGUUGGUCAUACUCGUCACCUGCUGUGUGUGCCAGAAAGUCAGGUUCAAGCAAGCUGCUGGCUUCUCGAAGCCUAGGCCUCUUAACGAAUUCAUCGAGAGGGACCUCAGGUUGGGAUGCCAAAAUCCUGUCUGUUCAGCCUGCUUUCUCAAAUCAAUUUUCUCGUCUUUAGCACGAUUGAGAGAGACUUGGUGGAAAGCUCAAGACUUGGAGGUAUACUUGCCAUGUCCUUGUGGCUGCUCCCCUGCAGGAGUUCACAUAAACGAUCGCAGCUCUUUGUUGCAGGUAUUGCAGUACCUAGAGAAUGAAAAGGCCGAAUUCUCGGUGAUCAGAAUUUACGACACGAUUCUGCAGCUAAUGCAAACCCUUUAUUUUAUUGAACCCCGAGUCACCUCAGAAGCCAGACACGUGGCAGCACGCCUGCAUUUCAAGAUGAUGAGAAAUGGCUUAAUGCAUUCGCCCUUUGACCCGAGAUAUCGACGCCCAGCUCGAAGGGCUGGAUCGCUGUUGAAAGAAGACUUCAGCCAUGUUGAACUAUAUAACAUCGACGACGGUCGGAAAACAUUACAGGUCCCUAUCUUCACACAAUUGCUCCGGGUUGAGAAGACUCCCAUUGCCUGCAUCAUCUGUGCGGAAUCUAUCUAUAACGUCUCCUAUGAUGCUGUCGAUGAAUGGAUCGAAGUCUGUACUGAAUUCGAUGGUGAUUGGGUAUGGAAGAUCUCACGAUUCCCCAAGAUACUGCGUGCAAGGUGCAAACAUUCAAUCGACUUCUGCACGUCUUGCUUACAAAAGCAUAUUGGAUCCCAGGUGGAGCGGCUAGACAAGACCGCCUGCGACGACAUCCGUUGUCCGUCUCAAAAAUGCCAACGGUUGCUCACCUACGAAGAAGUACAACUAUAUGCACAGAAGGAGGCAUUUGCCAAGUGAGUUUCUUCCAUGCCUAUACAGCAUAUUUACUAAUGCCGUGACGAUACAAUGAACACCUGCAGCUCGAGGCGUUGCGCCGCGCUCUAUCUUUCCCAUAGUGCUUAGCCGAGAACUAGUUUAGUCGUUAAAUGCAUGAAUUGAUCUUGGAAAUCCAUGUUUUGUGUGCCCAAUAUGUCUUGCAAACGUAUUUUACUCACCAAAAGCUUUUCGUUUGUUAGUUUCAAGUUACAUGCAUUUAAAGUAGGAGAAUCUGAGGUGUCUUAUAUUGGAGAUAUUUAUCUGGAUGCUCAAGAAUUAUGACUCUUUGUCGACGUGCC